AUUUCCCCUUUCAAAGCUUUAAAAUGCCGAAUAUGCUUUGCUGUUCUUUACAUAUAUCCUUUCCCUCUCACCCUUCUCUCGCUCUUUUAUUUAUUUUACUUUUUUUUUUUAACCAUUUUUUGCAAAAAAGGGUCUCUAUAUAGUUGAUCGUUAAACAACUUUACUUUCAUUAAUUCCAUAUUUUCAUCCUGUUUCAAUCUUUGGGUUUUGAGUUUUAAGCAUGGAGAUUAUCCUGGAGCUCUUUUUGACUGCUUUUAUUGCUCUUCUUUUUUCUUUCUUGAUAGCCAAGAUUGUUUCUUUGGCUAUGGGUGGUGAUUCUGUUUCUGGGGUGGAUGAAAAAUCUUUGAUUGAUGUUGAUGAUGAGACUAUCAUGGAAGAGUUGGAGUUUUCUGAGAAAUUGAAAGUUCAAGGAAUCGAAAGUGAAAAGAAAGUUCAAUUUGUUAAGGAACUUGUUGAUAAGGUUGAUGUUUUUGAAGUAGAACAAGCUGGGGUUGAUCAGGGUUUUGAAAGUGAAAAGAAAGUUGAAUGGGUUGAAGAAACUGCUGAUAAGGUUGGUGAAUUUGGAGCUGGAGAAAGUGAGGUUGUUGAAAUAUUGAAAGUUCAAGGCUUUGAAAGUGAAAAGGAAGUUGAAUUUUUGCAAGAAACUGCCAAGAAGGUCGAUGAUUUUGAAGCAGAACAAGCUAAGGUCGGUGAAGCUGAAGCUGAUGUGAAGCUUGAUGAUUUUGUUACCGAAAAUAAGACUGAGAAAAAAGAAGUUGGGGAAAUUGCUGAAGAAUUAGAGGCUCAAAAUGAAACCAAAGUGCAAUCUGAAGAGAUCAGCGUUGAGAAGAGUCAAAUGAAAGGAGUUGGGGAAGAAGAAAAGAAUGUGAAACUAGAGAGUGAUGAUGAUGAUUGGGAGGGGAUAGAGAGGAGUGAAUUGGAGAAGGUUUUUGGAGCAGCUGUGAAGUUUGUCGAGCAUAAAGGAGAUUUAGAAGGGGUGGGGAAUGACGUUCAGAUGGAACUUUAUGGACUCCACAAGAUUGCUACGGAAGGGCCUUGUCGCGAGCCCCAACCUCUAGCUUUCAUGGUCUCUUCUCGCUCCAAAUGGAAUGCUUGGCAAAGGUUGGGAAACAUGAAUCCAGAGGUGGCUAUGGAGCAGUAUGUCGCCCUUCUUUCAGACAGAGUUCCAGGGUUUAUAGAAGACAAUUCUGAUGGAGAACAUAAAUUUGGGUCUACAGACCGAGGAGUUCCUGGUGCCAUGGCUCCUGAUAUAAAUUCAUUUCCAGAUCGACAGACCAGUUUUACACAAGAAAGGAAUGAGGAAUUGAAGUCUGUUCCAGGAGGAGUUGACAUAAAUGAGAACAGAAUCUUUGAGAAGCAGGCAGUGCUUAGUCUGCUUCAAAUUCUGGCGGUGGAAUGUCAACUGCGUAGGCCAUAAGGCUGCUGAAGGUAGAAGCUGUUGGUAUGUGCCUUAAAAACCAAAUCGAUUUUGGUGAAAUGUUCUCGUGGUGAUAUUUGAUAUCUUUCCAUGACUCCAUUACAAAUUACUCAUAAAAAAAAUGCUCAAACAAAACAGAGUUAAUUAAAAACAAAUAAAAAAAGUCGAAAAAAGAAUUAAAUCAGAAGAUCAUGCAUGUUAGUACGAGCUUAAUGAUAGCAUUGGCACUGUUUCGGAAGAACAUAUAUAUAUAUAUAUAUAUAUAUAUAUGUGUGUGUGUGUGAAAGCUAUGUAAUGUAGCCUUACCAGUAGAGAGGUAUGAGAUGAACCGAAACGUGCUGGCUGGAUCUGGUGAUGUGGCCAAUUCGCAUGAACACAGCUCCUUCCUUUUCUCACUAUGUCUUUCUGUAGCUUUCUCUCUCUAGCAUGGGUUUUUCUUCAAACUUUUUUUUUUUAAUUUUAUUUUCAUGAUCUUUAUUUCGAUAAUAAACUUUUCAUCAUUUAUACAUAAAUUUCAAUAAGUUAUAAUUCAUGUAAAAAUAAAAAAUCACUAGUCUUUAUCUCUCUGGGUACAUGGAUUUGCGCUUUUAGUUAUAACUUCUUGAUGGCUGACGAUUCUGAUGGGUUUGCAUCUACAUCAAACUCCCAUAAGACGAAUAUUUUGAUCAAGAAAAUGAAUUUUGGCAGUUGUGAUGGCCUAAAUUAUGUUUACGUGAUUUGAUAUUGAAAAGAAUAUUUAAAAUUGACAUGUAUGUUUCCUCUAUAAUUUUUAAUUUUAUGGCAGAUUUAUUGAUGCUUAAUUUUGGUUGAAGUAUUUGAAUCUAAUU